AUGAACAAGGACAAGACAUUCCGGCCGAAAAAAAAAUUCCCAGUUGGAACGUUACGAUAUAAUCUGCAUAAGCAUGCUCAAGCCACGCUACAUUCGGGUUUGGAUUUGAAAGCGGCUGUUCGAUUACCACCUAACGAAAACUUCGAAGACUGGUUGGCUGUUCACACAGUGGAUUUUUUUAAUCGAAUAAAUCUUCUGUAUGGAAUAAUAUCAGAUGUUUGUAUAGCGAAAUCUUGCCCCACAAUGAGUGGUGGACCUCGAUAUGAAUAUCUUUGGCAGGAUGGUGUCCGUUAUAAAAAACCAACAAGAUUACCUGCUCCUGAAUACAUAUUUCUUUUAAUGGAUUGGAUUGAGAUACGGAUAAAUAAUGAAGCCAUUUUUCCUUCUAAUACAGAGAUUCCGUUCCCGCGAGACUUUCGGCAAACGUGUAAAAAGAUAUUGACAAGAUUGUUCCGAGUCUUUGUCCAUAUUUAUAUACAUCAUUUCGAUCGAUUAUCGCAACUGGGAGCUGAACCUCACGCAAACACUUUAUACAAACAUUUUUACUAUUUUAUCACUGAACAUCAGAUGGUUUCAUCACGUGAGUUGGAUGCUCUGGCAAGUUUUUCAUUGUAUGCAUUAUCAGAACGGAUUAGAAAUGUUCGGGUCAUGUCGCAUUAA